AUGAAGGUCAUGAAAUACACAAAUGUGCCGGGGUUCUUCCUCCAUGAUGAAGAACCUGAAGGCCCGGAGUUUCGUGCAACAACGUUCCCCGAUCUAGGACUGAUCGACCGCCCCUAUGAAACAGACGCAAGUUUUCGUAGUUAUUGCAACAGCCUUCCCGCAGAUCAACGGGCCGCAAUACCUAAAGACAAGUGGGCGCGCUUUGAGUAUUUCCUCAAGCACUUGAACAAGACUGGACAGGGCAAAGCUGAGUGGAAAUUAUUCUUUGUCGUCAGACAUGGCGAGGGGUUCCAUAAUGUAAAAGAAAAGGAGGUAGGGAGAGCCGAGUGGGAGCGUCAUUGGUCGCGCGUCGAUGGCGAUGCUCUUCACAAUUGGGCCGAUGCUCGUCUUACAGAGUAUGGAAGGUCGCAAGCAGCUAGUUUAAGUCAGGUCGUCAGCAGCGAUAAGCCUUACCGUCCCCAGAGCGUAUAUUCGAGUCCCUUGGCGCGUUGUCUUGAAACGACGGACAUUAUCUUCCGAAAGAACAUGCACGAUAAGUAUAUCCAGCAUGCUAUCGUCAAGGAGAAUCUUCGGGAACGCUUCGGAGUACACACAUGCGACCGCCGCAGCAGGAAAAGCUGGAUCACAGCGACCUUCCCUUGGUUCACGCUUGAGCACGGCUUUUCAGAGAAAGAUGAGCUUUGGGAGUCGCAUCGACGAGAGACCGAGGAAGAAGUCGCCAGACGAGCGAGGUCGGCUCUGGACGACAUCUGGAAACACGAUAGAAACAGUCACAUUGCGAUCGCCGCGCACUCAGGAUUUAUCAGGGCUCUGUAUGCUGCUAUCGGCCAUCGCGCAGUGUGGGUGGCGGCUGGUCAAAUGAUGCCAGUUUUCAUCAAGGGAGAAAUGGUGGAAGUCUAG